UUUGAGACAGGGUUUGCUCUGCCAGCUUCCUUCCCCUUCACACGUUAUGGAGGUCUGGAUCACAUUUAAGACACAUGUUGUUGCGUUCAGGCAGUGUGAGUUUGGUAACUGCGGAAGAGAGGACACUGGAUUUUAAGGGCAUGGGACUUGUUCACUUGACGUACGGAUACUGAAAAAAGUAACAGCAGAGGCAGAAAAAAAAGAGUGGGCUUUAACCCAGAGGACCUGCAGCACGUGAAGAAACAAUCAGUCAGACCAGGACAGACAGGAGCUUUUUAUGAUGGGAUCAUAGAAGAAGAACUUGUGCAGAUAUCACUGUUUUUUGUGUGGUUUGUUGUUUUUUCCUCUUAUUUUCCAAUGCAAAAAACAAAUAGAUAAUGUGCCAACUAAUGAUAAAAUGAGAAGUAAGGAGUUCUUCAGCUCAUCAGGCCUGAGUAUCUCAAAGUACAAAAGAAUGUGCAGAUUUUUUUUUAAUGUUCUUCGGGAGGCAAUUCAAAGAACCUUUGCCAUAGUCAUUAUUUAACUGGACACCUUGGUUUCUACAUCAAAGCCUUAGCAGCACGUCCAGGUUUUAAAAGCCCACUCUCCAUUUGGCUCAAGGGCGUCUGGGUUGAUGUGACAGGUUACGUCUGGCCCAGACACACACACACACACACACUCUACUGUGCAGCUGGAAGAUCCAAGAGUUUGUGAUGCGAAUAGCUGCUCUGAGGACAGAGUGUGUGGUCUGAGGGGCUCAACUGCUCUGGGAAACGGGGCCGAGGAGGCGGCCAACUCAGAGAGCCUUCGCCGCGCUGCUCAGAGACAGAGGACAGACCCAAAGGAUGGUGAGGAUGACGAGGGUGAAGCAGAGCCUGUGUAGAAUGUCUGUGAUGGUGGCUUUGGUGGUGGAGCUCGGCUGGAUAAGUGUGGGCCACAGCGUGCACACAGAAGGAGGAAGUAGGCAGGUAAUGAAGCAGUGGGAAAGGGAAGUGAGAUCCUCCUCCAGCAUGGAUGAGCUGCUGCGGCUCACAGACUUUCCUGACUGGAAGUUGUGGAAAUGUCGUCUGAAACUGCAACAGCCCGAAAGCCAGGCGGAAACUCUCUUCUCGCCCCCUUCAUUCGGGUCACACCGCUCCACACGCUACGCCGCCGAGUCCUUCAGCCUGGAGAUACUCCAAGCCAUUGAUGAAGAGUGGCAACGCACUCAGUGCAUGCCCAGGGAGACAUGUGUCGAUGUGGCCAAGGAGAUGGGCACCAGUCCCUCCAUCUUCUUCAAACCACCCUGUGUCUCUGUCCACAGGUGCAGUGGUUGCUGCAAUCAAGAGGGGGUCACCUGCAGGAACACAACGGCUGUAUAUGUGAAUAAAACUGUCCUUAGUUUUAUUCCGUUCAAGUUUGUGCCCGAACCCGUCCUGAUAAAAGUGGUAAACCACACCGAGUGCAGGUGCAUGGAGCCGGCCAUCAUUCGCCGUAACGCUCGGCCGCACAGGAGCGAUGGCUGUUCACUGGUGAGCCAGCUGUCAGAAGCAGAGGACUCCAGGAGACUUUGUGCCAGGGGAUUCAUUUGGGACUGUGCAACUGAGAAAUGCAUACCUUACCCUUCCAGUACAACAGAGCUUCCUCUCAGUUCAUGGAUGCCUGACUGUGAGAUAGAUGUGGAGGUCUGUGACUGUCUUCCCAGACCUGAGCCCAUUCUCCAACCAAGACCGAUCCAUCGCUGUCCACUCACUUCCUCUGUUUGUGCCUCCAGACAGCAGCGUUUUGAUGAAGAAUCAUGCAGAUGCAGAUAGCACAAGUUGCCGUUCACUGGGUGAAAUUAAAUCCGACAAGCUGCUCACCAGGGAGCAGUGAAUGAAAUCCCCAUAAUUUAUUUACAGUACUAUUUAUAAUGAUCGCUGUAACUAAUCGCAUUAACAAACAUGACCAUGUUAACUGAUUUCUUUAAAAAGCACAGUUUUAAGUUGAAAUCAUUGACUAGAGUUUUCUACAUUUCCUCUAUAUGCACUGAAUAUGCCUUUAUAUUGCAAGAUUAUUUUUAUAAUUUGACUUCACUUUGAGUAUAUUGAGUAUUUCUUCAGUUUCUGCUGUUAAUAGAUUUGAGAGCCAUUUUAUCUUUAGUUUAAGUGAGUCACCCUAAAGCAAACUACUGAGUUAAACAUUUUAAUCCAAUUUUUUAAAAUUAAAAUCAAAUCAAAUUACAAAUUUACUUGGUUGAAGAAUAUAUUUCUAGUUCAUGAGGCUUUCGAUUUCAUCUUCACAGAGCUUCUAUAAAAAGAAAUACUUACUAACAUGAAGGAAGAGCAAAGUUAUUAACCACAGUCUCACUAUUUAUGAAUAUGGAGAAUGAAGAGAGCAGAAAGAGAAGCUGCUCACUAGAUUACGGCAUAUCACCAUCCAAGCAAGGCCUAUAAAGAGAUGGCUCAGAGUCAGGGUCAACCAAGCCAGCCAUAACUGUAGGCUUAAUCAAAAAGUUUGAAGCUUUUUAAACUUAUAGGCAGUGACAAUUCUCAACACGGAAAAAAGGGUGAAAGGAUCAAAAACUAGAUAGAAUUGAGGAACGUGAGAAAAAAGAAAAAAGAAGAGAAUGGGAAGGUGACAGACGAGGGGUCAACAAAAAUGACAGCCCAUAUAAAAAAAAGGAAGAAAUAUCAGGAAAUCAAUCUGAAACUGGAAGAUAACAGAACACAUGGAAGCGGGAGCAGGCAGAUAUAAAGAGAAGACUAUUUAUACACUGUGGAGUGAGUGGAUAACAAGGCACAGGUGGAACCAGGGAGGAAAGGAAGGGACAACUAUAACUGGCACGCCGGGGGAAAUUAUUUAAGAAUUCAAGCUAUUUGUUCAAUGUUAGAAAAGUCAUUUUGGUGGAAAAUUACAUAAUAGAUUUAUUAUUUCAUGUAUCACAAAUUUUGUUAAAUGUCUGUUUUCUCCUGAAAUAAAUUUUCCCGUUUACCAGUAUGAACCACACAUGAGCCAUUAUUCUAAUUGGGCUUAUUUUUCUUGUGCUGCUGGAUGAAAGCAUUAAUUUACAGGCUGUUCUAUCUAUUUUGUCAUCACAGAUCUGCUAAACAAUUAAAUGCAAACAGGA